GCUGGUCGCGAGGAACAAUGAGACGGCAAGUACUCUUCAUCUGCCCCUUUUUCAUCUCUGCGGUGAUCGCUCACGUCAGCUACUCCAUAAACGAGGAGAAACCACUUGGUUCUUUGGUCGGAAAUGUGGCGAAGGAUCUUAACAUAGACCCGGCGAGGUUGAAUUCACGGAAUGCACGCAUGUAUUUCGGAGAUAGCAGAGAAUAUAUCGAGCUGAAUAAAGACAGGGGCGUCCUCCUGGUCAAGGAGAGAAUAGACAGAGAGGCGCUGUGUGCGCAGUCGACGCCGUGUGCACUCCACUUCCAAAUCAUCCUAGAAAAGCCCAUUGAAUUUUACAAAAUAGUAGUGGAGAUUAUUGACAUCAAUGACAACCCUCCUACGUUUGAGAAAAAUGAUAUUAAAUUCAGAAUUAGUGAAUCCGCUGUCAUUGGAUCAAAAUUUGAUUUGGAACGGGCGGUGGAUUUAGACGUUGGAAUCAACGGUCUUAAAUCGUAUAAUCUGUCACCGACUGACAACUUUGCUCUAAAAUUACACAAUCAGGCAGACGGCUCCAGGAAUGUGGAAAUUAUUCUGAAUCAACCUCUGGACAGAGAGAAAAAUGAGCAUUUGUCUCUCGUCUUAACAGCCGUCGAUGGAGGAGAACCGCAAAUGACGGGCACAAUGCAGAUUUUGAUAACAGUGUUAGACGUGAAUGACAAUGCGCCUGUUUUCACGCAGCCCGUGUACAAAAGCGCAGUGGCAGAAAAUUCACCUAGAGGCACUGUUGUGACUAAAAUCAGCGCAUCAGAUGCAGAUCAUGGACCAAAUGGUAAAAUAACAUAUUCAAUUAGAAACACCUUAGAUGACGUCAGACAGCUGUUCAGUGUGGAUGAACUGACUGGAGACAUCACACUGAGUGGAAAUAUCGACUUUGAAAAGUCUCGAAAUUAUCAAAUAAAUGUUCGUGCAAGUGAUGAAGGAGGACUAUCAGACAACUGUAAAGUAGUAGUUGAUGUUAUAGAUGUCAAUGAUAAUGUUCCGAUGAUAAACGUGAUGUCAAAAACAAAUGUGAUCUCCGAAGAUGUCAAAAGCCACACUGUAGUGACAAUAAUUAAUAUCCAGGACCUGGAUGAUGGCGAGAACGGCCAGGUCAAAUGCUCCAUUGAUCAGAAUAUUCCGUUUUUGCUGGAGUCAACUGAGGGGAACUUCUACAGUUUGAUAACAGACGGUGAAUUAAACAGGGAAAUAAAAUCGGAGUACAACAUCAGUGUGAGCUGCUGUGAUGAGGGAGUGCCCUCCCUCUCCAGCAGCGUCACUCUCACCUUACAGAUCUCUGACGUCAAUGACAACCCUCCUGUCUUUGAGAGGAGCUCAUAUGAGGCCUACAUUGUAGAGAACAACACACCGGGUCUCUCUAUAUUCACAGUCAGAGCCACAGACGCUGACUGGAACCAGAACGCUCGGGUCUCUUACAUACUGGAGGACUCCUCUGUGAACGGAGUGUCCGUCUCCUCAUAUGUGUCCGUCAGUGCUGAUAGUGGAGUCGUCCAUGCAGUGCGCUCUUUUGACUACGAGCAGAUCAAGGACUUUGAGUUCCGGGUCAAAGCUCAGGAUGGAGGCUCCCCUCCUCUCAGCAGCAACGUGACUGUGAAAAUCCUGAUCCAGGACCAGAACGACAACCCUCCUCAGGUUCUGUAUCCGGUCCAGACUGGUGGCUCUCUGGUGGCUGAGAUGGUGCCUCGCUCAGCAGACGUGGGCUAUCUGGUCACUAAAGUGGUGGCUGUUGAUGUGGACUCUGGACAGAACGCCUGGCUCUCCUAUAAACUGCAGAGAGCCACAGACAGGCCGCUGUUUGAAGUGGGCUUACAGAAUGGAGAGAUCAGAACCAUCCGACAAGUCACCGAUAAAGAUGCUGUGAAACAAAGACUGAGCGUUACAGUGGAGGACAACGGACAGCCCUCUCGUUCAGCUACAGUCAUUGUGAACGUGGCGGUGGCCGACAGCUUCCCAGAAGUCAUGUCAGAGUUCACUGACUUUACACAGGACAAGGAGUACAACGACAACCUGACUUUUUACUUAGUGUUGGCUUUGGCUGUAGUUUCCUUCCUCUUCAUCACGUGUCUAGUGGUGAUUAUCUCAGUCAAGAUCUACAGAUGGAGACAGUCUCGUGUCCUGUAUCACUCCAAUCUCCCUGUGAUUCCAUAUUAUCCACCACGUUACUCAGACACUCUGGGGACAGGGACUCUCCAGCAUGUGUACAACUACGAGGUGUGCAGGACCACUGACUCCAGAAAGAGUGACUGUAAGUUCGGCAGAGCCGGUAGUCAGAACGUCCUGAUCAUGGACCCCAGUUCUACAGGGACGAUGCAGCGCAUGCAGAGUGAAAAGAGCAUCCUGGAUGAACCAGACUCUCCUCUGGAGGUUAGAAUAAUUUCAAUUUCUUAAAAGCUACUU